AUGAUGCAGCAGAUUCUCCAAGAUAUGUACAUCGAGCCUGAUCUGCUGGAGGAGCUGAACGAGGAGCAGAAGCAGGUUCUGUUCUACAAGAUCCGUGAGGAGCAGGUGCGCCGCUGGAAUGAGAGGGAGAGCAGAGACCCCAGCCCAGCUGUCCGCAAGAAGAGUGAGUCCACUGGCUGCCGGCGAGGACUCCGUUGGCUCCUGGGCUCAGAUGGUGAGGUGUGGGUGUGGGUGAUGGGGGAGGCCCCCGGAGACAAGCCCUACGAGGAGAUCGCAGAGAAGCUGAUGGAGGAGAGAGCCAGGAAGCAGGCCCAGAGAGAAGCGCAGGAACUCCGGCGUGUGAAGGAAGCAGAGAUUGAAAAGAAGUUUCGUGAUGCCAUGGCGAAGGAGAAGGCACGCUUUGUGGCAGAGAAAUGGAGGGAGGAGACAGAUGACAGAAAGGCAGCCAAGCAAGAGGAGGAAGAGGAGGAUCGCAUUCGAGAGGAGCUGAAGAAAUGUGAGGAAGAAGAGAGACAGAGAGGUGAGGAGGAAAUCCGGCAAACGGAGGAGAGACGAGCAAAAGAGCUGUACAUCUCUCUGAAGCAGGAGGAAAAGAGGAGCGAAAGGGAUGACAAAGAAUGGCAGGAACAAUUGCGCCGCUCCAAAGCGGCUGAUGAGGAGAUGAAGUGCAAGGCUCGGCGUGCCAGAGACGAGUACAAACGCCAGUCCCUCAGGGCCAUCGAGAAGGGCCUAGUGGCCGGUCUGAGCGGACUCUUCCAGAAGACGCAUCUGAACGGCUCGGGUCAGAACCGGCGCCACAGUGGCGUCAUCGAGCAGUCUGCCGCUCCGGCCGAGGCCAGCCACUCACCGGCUGCUGUCGGAAGUGCAGCUGCUCCAGUUCAUUACCGCCGCAGACAGAACCGCAGAUACAGCAGCCCUGUGACUCAGUCCAUAACAGAGGGUCCAGUGUGGAUUCGGCCACCCAGGCCAACCUCUCGUGACUCCAUCUUGCGCUGGUUUAAAGAAGAGCAGAGGCCCAGAAGGGCAGGCUAUGAGCGGAGCAGCAAUACUAUUGCUACCUGGUUCCACGGAAUAAUUUCACGGCAGGAAUCGGAGUCUCUGCUGACGAACGCCUCAGAAGGCUGUUUCCUGGUAAGAGUGAGCGAGAGAAUUUGGGGGUACACACUGUCCUACCGCACAGCCUCCGGCUUCAAACACUUCCUCAUCGAUGCCUCGGGCGAUUACUACAGCUUCCUAGGGGUGGACCAGAACAGACACGCCACUUUAGCUGACCUCAUUGACUUCCACAAGGAGGAGGUAAUAACCACAUCAGGAGGAGAGCUGCUGCAGGACUCAUGCAGGCUGAAGUGCUCCAGUCCAGAUUAUGGGGGGCUUUUUCAGUGA